GGGCGCGGGGAGCCGGGGAGCCGGGCCCGCCUUGGCCGCCACCGCAGCGCGGGAGCCAGGCUGCCAGCCCCUCGUCUGAGCCGCGGACUCGCCUGGGAGCCGCGGGCAGCGGGCGGGGCGCUCUGUGCAGUUAGCGCAGGGAGGCAGGCGGCGUGUGCAGAGCGGCCCGAACUGAGGACUCCCGUGUGUGCGUGCGCGCGGGUGUGCAUGUGUUUGCGCGUGCUUUUCCUUCUUCCCUCGAGGAUGGCAAUGGCUUUGCAGCUGGCUGCUCCCCUAGGAUUCUAGACUUUGUGGAGCUCCGGGUUGUGAGCACAACCCACCCAUAUAAUCCAUUUUGCAUGGUCGGUUUCUAUCAGGAGAAAAAGCGCAACUGGACCGGGGGUGGGGCAGACCAAGGAAACCUUCUGGAAAUACAAACAGGCACACACAGCACUCACAGGAGAAAGGACUAAUGAAAGACCUGGGAAGAUGUCUGUAACCUUCCGGCUGGCCCUUCCGUUUUUCAGGAAAGAUUUUGGAUCGUUUCUACCUUUGGAAGUCAUCUUGGCUUUUUUUUUUUUUUUGCAAGCUCUCUUCAGCUAGUAGCGUGCGUGCGUGCGUGUGUGUAUCUGUGUGUAUUUGUGCGCUCACUUGUCUGAUGCAUUUGCUUGUCUUUUAUCCAACUAUCCAGAAGCAAAUGUGUUAACUCGGCGGUGUGCCCUCGAUGUCCGGCUUCUCACAGAGCGCGGAGGACGCCCAAACCCAUUUUUCCAGGCUGGAUUCGGAAGGGCUGCUCAGCUGCGGACCCCUGUUUGUGGAUCGCUUUACUUAGGGACUGGGAAAGCUCCAGUAUUAACCUGCUUCCAGGUACAUCACAAGGUCACCAGAGGGUCUUGCAACCGUCUUGUGUCUGUGCAUCCAGACCUUCCUGUCUCGGCCAGAAGGAUAUUUACAUUUCUGUCUACAUAAUUUGAAGCCAAAAGUUCAGCCUGUCGAGCGGCUUUCUGCACAAUCAAGGUAACAAGAAUUGCCUUUCAAACUGCUUACCAAAAUCCCCGACUCUUCGACUCUUCCUCGCCGGUUCCUGGCUCUCUCCUCUACACCAAAAUGUCACCAGCUCUUGAAUUACGUGGAUUUGGGUUGGAAGAGAACUUGAAGAAAACGUGAUAGAAAGACUAUGCCAGACCCCUCUCUCUGCUGUCCUUGGUUCUGUGGGCAUCGAAGCCGAUCGUGAGAAGGACCAGUACCCUCAUUGCUUUUCCUUCCCGGUGCUGUACUGGGUGUGUGUGUGUGUGUGUGUGUGUGUGUGUGUAUGUGUGCAAGUGUGAAUGCGAGUGCGCGCGCGCCUAGCUGCGAGUGUGUGAGUGUGUGUGCUUGAGUGUGUGUCUGUGUGUGCGUGCGCGGCCGCCCUGCCUCUGCCCGCUCCCCGGGUGCAGAAACGCGGGUUUCAUGGGGCGAUCGCCGCGGAUCCCCCACCCAGCGCGACCUGCGGGCAGCGGAGGCAGUGGCAGGAGCCGCCUCUCGGACUCCCUAGGAUGCGGGUGCUGAGCUAUGGCAAAGGGCAGCGAAGUGACGAGCGAGACCCGCGUACGACUGUGAAAGCCACCUGGAGCCACCUUGCUGGGAUUGUACCUGCUGGCAGAAAGUCUUCCUACGACCGUCUUUCCUCUAGAGGCACCAGCCUGGCAUGCUACAGUCUAUGGGAUCACAGAAGACAUGACCGAGUGACUGAACUGAACUGAUGAAGCACUAGUUGUACUGAUAUAAUUCCUGAGGCAUUGGAAUAUGAAACUUUCUUCUAGGAUAGUCCCUGUAACCAUUCUGCCAGGUGUUUGGGAAGAUAUGUAGUAGCUGAGCACCCUUACUUCUGUCACCAUCCUCAGAAUCAACUUUGGAGAUGCUUUCACCCUGUCCGUCUUCUGCAGCAGCCAGGCAGAGUGCUGACUCCUUCUCUGCAGUGAGGAACUCUUCAGGCUCCAGAAGCUCUUAAAUCUGAUCUACAAUGGAAAAAUUUCUUUUUUAUCUGUUUUUCAUUGGCAUAGCAGUGAAAGCUCAGAUCUGUCCGAAGCGUUGUGUCUGUCAGAUUUUGUCUCCUAAUCUUGCAACCCUUUGUGCCAAGAAAGGGCUUUUAUUUGUGCCACCAAACAUUGACAGAAGAACUGUGGAACUGCGUUUGGCAGACAAUUUUGUUACAAAUAUUAAAAGGAAAGAUUUUGCCAAUAUGACCAGCUUAGUGGACCUAACUCUGUCCAGGAAUACAAUAAGUUUUAUUACACCUCAUGCUUUUGCUGACUUACGGAAUCUGAGGGCAUUGCAUUUGAAUAGCAACAGAUUGACUAAAAUUACAAAUGACAUGUUCAGUGGGCUUUCCAAUCUCCAUCACUUGAUAUUGAACAACAAUCAGCUGACUUUAAUUUCUUCUACAGCAUUUGAUGAUGUCUUUGCCCUCGAAGAGCUGGAUCUGUCGUAUAAUAAUUUAGAAACAAUUCCAUGGGAUGCUGUUGAGAAGAUGGUUAGCUUGCACACCCUCAGUUUGGACCACAAUAUGAUUGAUAACAUUCCUAAGGGGACUUUCUCCCACUUGCACAAGAUGACUCGGCUAGAUGUAACAUCAAAUAAACUGCAGAAGCUACCACCUGACCCUCUCUUUCAGAGAGCUCAGGUCCUAGCAACCUCAGGAAUCAUAAGCCCGUCUACUUUUGCAUUAAGUUUUGGCGGAAACCCUUUGCAUUGCAAUUGUGAACUGCUGUGGUUGAGACGUCUAUCCAGAGAAGAUGACCUGGAGACCUGUGCUUCUCCAGCACUUUUAACUGGCCGCUAUUUUUGGUCCAUUCCUGAGGAAGAGUUUUUGUGUGAGCCUCCUCUCAUUACUCGGCAUACCCACGAGAUGAGAGUCCUGGAGGGUCAAAGGGCAACCCUGAGGUGCAAAGCCAGGGGAGACCCCGAACCUGCAAUUCACUGGAUUUCUCCUGAAGGGAAGCUUAUUUCAAAUGCAACAAGAUCUCUGGUGUAUGAUAAUGGAACACUUGAUAUUCUUAUAACGACUGUGAAGGAUACAGGUGCUUUUACCUGCAUUGCUUCCAAUCCUGCUGGGGAGGCAACACAAACGGUGGAUCUUCAUAUCAUUAAGCUCCCUCACUUACUAAACAAUACGAACCAUAUCCACGAGCCUGAUCCUGGUUCUUCAGACAUCUCCACGUCUACUAAGUCAGGUUCGAAUGCAAGCAGUAGUAACGGUGAUACUAAAAUAAGUCAAGAUAAAAUUGUGGUGGCAGAAGCAACAUCAUCUACUGCACUACUUAAAUUUAAUUUUCAAAGAAAUAUCCCGGGAAUACGUAUGUUUCAAAUCCAGUACAAUGGUACUUAUGAUGACACCCUUGUUUACAGAAUGAUACCUCCUACGAGCAAAACUUUUCUUGUCAAUAACCUGGCUGCUGGAACUAUGUAUGACUUGUGUGUCUUGGCAAUAUAUGAUGAUGGCAUCACUUCCCUCACUGCCACAAGAGUCGUGGGUUGCAUCCAGUUUACUACGGAACAGGAUUACGUGCGGUGCCAUUUCAUGCAGUCCCAGUUUCUGGGAGGCACCAUGAUCAUUAUUAUUGGUGGAAUCAUUGUAGCAUCUGUGCUGGUUUUCAUCAUCAUUCUAAUGAUCCGGUAUAAGGUUUGUAACAACAAUGGGCAACACAAGGUUACCAAGGUCAGCAACGUCUACUCUCAAACAAACGGGGCUCAAAUACAAGGCUGCAGUGGGACGCUGCCCCAGUCUGUGUCCAAACAAGCUGUGGGUCAUGAAGAGAAUGCCCAGUGUUGUAAAGUUGCCAGUGACAAUGUGAUACAACCGUCAGAAACGUGUUCAAGUCAGGACUCCUCUACCACUACCUCCGCUUUGCCUCCUACCUGGACUUCAAGCACGUCUGUGUCCCAAAAGCAGAAAAGAAAGACUGGCACAAAACCAGGUGCCGAACCACAGAGUGAAGCCGUCACAAACGCUGAGUCCCAAAACGUGAACAGGAACAACUCAACUGCCUUGCAGUUAGCUAGUCGACCUCCUGAUUCUGAGGGGCCCGCAUCUAAAAGAGCACAUUCAAAGCCAAAUGCUUUGCCGACUAAUGUUGACCAGAUUGUCCAGGAAACACAGAGGCCGGAGUUAAUCUGAAGAGCACCACUUCUCUCUCUCCUGAAAAAAAUUGCUACUGAUAUUUUUACUGGAUAAAAUUUAAAAAUCGUUCAAUUCACAAAGGCUUAUUGUUGAACUGGUAUCCUAGAAGAAAUUGUCCACAGGAGCCGAAGCAGAAGUCUCUGAUGCCGCAGAACUGGCUCAUCAGACCAUGGUUCAUCCCCUUUUAAAACCAAAUUUUUUUUCUUCUGGCCUACAAGUAUUUUUUUUUAAAGAAGGAAAGGGAAAAAACCUACAUUGGCAUCGAGUUCUGUAUCAAUCCAUGUUACAUUGCCAUCCAUGAUUUAAGACUGUAGAAUCUUGAAUAAUCUAUAUCACUUUAACAAAUAAAUGUUUUACUAUGA